UUACUUGAUGUUGAUGAAUAUGAAGCUGACAAAUCUCAACUAAAGAACGAUUUUAUGAACCUUGCUUUUACAGAGGAAUUUCGAUCAACGGUAGAUUUUCGAAAACUCAAACAAGGACGAAUACUUGAUGUUGGAUGUGGAUCUGGUGCCUGGUGUAUCGAGAUGGCUCAAAAAUAUCCAAAUAUUGAAGUGAUUGGUAUCGAUAACGUGGAUUGGCUUUCUGAUGUGAAUUGUCUUCCUUCCAAUUGUCGACUUAUACAAUGCAACAUUUUGAAUGAACUACAAUCUGAGCUGGAUCUUUGUAGUUUUGAUUUCAUCCAUAUUAGAUUUAUGGCUUUGGUGUUUACUGCAGCUCAAUAUGAAUUAGCGACACGUUAUUGCUGGAAAUUACUAAAACCUGGAGCUACUUUGGAAUUAUUGGAAGUGGACAUCAAGAUGUGCUCAGUAGGACCAGUAACAAGAAGUAUGAAUCAAGAA